AUGACUAUCAUGGAAUCAAAAGCUUCUUCUUUGAAUAAAGGAGAGGUGGUUAUUGAAGAAACCACAGCUACCGAUGAUUUUAAACAACAUGAUAAUGUUGAUAUGAGUGCCGUUAAUAAUCAUGACAUUGCUUUGAAACAAAUAAUAAAGGCUCGUCCAAUUUCUAAUUUCUCCAAUAAGAGAAUAAAACUUUACUUGGUUUGCGUUUGCCUUUACCUUUGUGCCACUAUGAGUGGCUAUGAUGGGUCUUUGAUGACGUCUAUCAAUACUUUGCCGGAGUAUCUUGAUUAUUUUAACUUAGAAAAUACCGCUUCAGGUACUGGCUUAGUAUUCAGUAUCUACCCCAUAGGCUCUAUGUGUGCUACCUGCUUGGUAUGGCUAGCUGAUUAUAUUGGAAGAGUUCCAGCUAUUGCAGUUGGUUUAAUUAUUCUGGUUGCCGGUGCUAUUUUGUCGGCAGCUACAUCCAAUCAUGAUGCUUUUAUUGCUGCAAGAUUCUUUAUUAGUUUUGGUAGCACUAUUGCCAUUACCGCCGCACCGGCUUAUAUGAUGGAGGUCUUACCACCAAACAUGAAAAUAUUAGCUUUAUUUUAUAAUACGUUUUACUACAUUGGUUCAAUUAUUGCUACCUGGACAAUGUAUGGUACUUCCAUUCGAUACCAAGGCACACAUAAAAGUUUCACUAUUGCUUUAUGGUUACAACUCUUAUGUCCAGGUUUGGUGCUAUCAUGCAUCUGGUUGUUUCCAGAAAGCCCAAGAUAUUACUACUCUAAAAAUAAGAUUGACAAAGCAAAAUCUUUUAUUGUGAAAUAUCAUGCUAAUGGUGAUGAAAAUCAUCCACUUGUAUCAGCAGAAUUGGAUCAAAUGGCUCAAUCUUUUGCAGAAAGUGGAUUUUUAAAACCAAGAGAUUACCUUGACUUCAGUAUCUUUUUGAAAUCAAGAGCUCUCAAGAAAAGAACCUUAUUGGUGAUUCUUUGGUCUUGGAUUUGUCAAUAUAGCGGAAAUCAAGUGAUUACCUAUUACAUGACAACUUUGUUCUUGAAUUUGGGAGUCACUAAUGCUACCACUAGGUUGUUAUUAACUGCAGUGAAUUCUAUCAUCUGUUUUUUGACUGCAUCUGCUGGCGCAUUGACGGUAGAAAGGUUAGGAAGAAGACCGGUGCUAAUGUAUGCGUGCGUUGGGUUCGUUAUUUCAUUCAUUGCAUUGGCUAUCAGUACGAAAGCUUUCAGUGAUAACAGUGACAAUAAAAUGGCGGCUCAAGUUGGAAUCGCCUUCAUCUACAUUUUCCAGGCUGUGUUCUUCUCGUUUGCUUUUACUCCCUUGCAGCCAACUUAUCCCUCUGAAAUCUUAUCAAACGAAAUGAGAGCUAGAGGUUUGGCUUUGUGGCAUUUAGUAUCCAAUGCUGCUUCAACCUUAAACUUAUACACUGCACCAUUGGCUAUGGAAAAGAUCACAUACUGGUACUAUGUAUUUUUUGUGUUUUGGGACCUCUUGGAACUAAUUGUAAUUUACUUUAUGUUUGUGGAGACCAGUGGAUUGAGUUUAGAAGAAAUUGAACACGUUUUUACAGUGAAAGGAUCUGUUAAAGAGAGUAUUCGUUUAUCUAAGGCUUCCAGAUCUAGCGACACUGAAUGUGUAGAAGAUGCACUUGGACAAAAACCCGAGUAUAGUGAAACCCGAGUAUAG